AUGGUGGAUAAAGGAAACAAUGGUGAUCCUCGGAAAAAUUACAUUCUUAGAAUUGCAUCACAUUUAUUUGCAUUAAAUGUUAAUGAAAAUAAAUUGCAAAAUUUAAAUGCUAUUCAAAAGUUCUGCGAUACUAAUGCUUCAUUAUUAAUUGUGGAGAAAAAUGAAACGAAUGGAAGUGUAAAAUUAUCGAAUGAAUUGAUAAAUGAUAAUGUUACCAUAUCGAAUGUGUUUCGGAUAAUAUUUUAUAAAAUAAAAUCAGUUCCAUUAACAAUCGAAAAUUAUAAGAAAGAAAUAUCAUUGAUAACAUUACAAAGUGAUUCAAGUGAAGAAGGUUUUCUAAAUUCCAUACGACAGCUGCGAAUAGCCGUGAAUUGGUCAUUUAGUAUAAGCGCGGGUCGAACAUGUUUAAAAUCUGCUAGUCCUGAUCAGUUAAGAAAAUUAGAUAUUUUUUCAGCAUCUGAUAUGUGUAAUGAAAAUGCUUUCAUCAGAGAUUUUUAG